AUGCCAGGACCAAAAGGAGUGUAUAAUAACUUCAUAUGCACGAUAUUAUUCAGCCAGUCUACUCCAGAAGAAUUAGCUGAAUCAGACUUUGUUAAUCAUUCUAAUAUUUCGUUCUUAAGUAAUCUUAGAAAAACUCCAUUACGAAAUUUCGUCAGAGCAGUUACAAUUAGAUCCGCAAGAACAGGCAAAGCAUUACCAAAAUUCUUAUUCGAGGAUGAUAAACUAGUUAAUGCACUUCUUCUUUCACAAAAUUUGGAAGAUCUCCAACAAGCGGCGAAAGCAUCAUUCCAAGCCGACAAAAAGUAUCCUGAUUAUUUCUACGCUACAUGGAGCUCUAUUAAAGACAAUGUUCGCACAAAAAUGUUUAAUUAUAUUAUUUUACCUUUUGCAUCGUAUUUCUCACAAGAAGCUCUUCAGUUUAUCAUCAACAAUGGCCUUAAAUCACUCACAAAGUCCUUUAAUUUCGAUUUAUUCAUUAAAACUCCUGAAUGUAUCCAAGCAGCGAAUCCUAGACUUAUUAUUGAGAUCUGCAUGAAUAAAUCCGAUGAUACAUCAUUCAUUGCAUCAGCUGCAGAGGUUUUAAACAACAUUUCUCCGGAAGAAUUUUUGGAAGUUUUAUUUACUUCACCAAUUACGGCCAUUACUGCUACAUCACAGAUCUUUAUACAGAGAUUGAAGAAAAAGAACCUUUCCGAGGAGCAAAUUUCACAUUUUGUCGAUAAAUUUAUAUUUGAGAACGAAAAAGUCAUAUUAUCACUUCUUCUUGAGGCUCUUAAAGCUGGAUGCACAGAUGUUAUCUCAGAGUCUACUUUUCUGAACGCUUCCAAUCAAAUUAUAGAAUUUCCUGAAUUUGCUUUGGAUAUUAUUGGAUUAAUGUCAGUUCAAUCUGAUUGCACCCAGUUUUGGAUGGAGACUGAGACAAUUAGUAUACUUUUGGAUCAAUUACUUUGCAUGAAAGAAAGAAGUAACUUGAUUCAGGAAUUUUUCGAUAAAUUUGCAUUAGAAGUAAAUGAGAAUACAAUCAUUGCACUCUUGCCAAUGAUAUCUCAAGUUCCUGUUGUUUAUUCGAGAUUUAUUUCGAUAUGCAAAUCAAGAUUUCCCGAAGAUAACCAAGUUAUUAGCGAAAUCAAUAGUAUUAAUGUUUUGUAA